AUGGCGACGAUAAAACUGAAGCGAGCCGGCGUUUCAAGCGAGAUGUGCGAGCAACUCAAGCGACAUCGAGUAGAAAGCUGCAAGGACCUGUUGUCGCUGAGCUCCGUGGAGGUGAUGCACGCCGCGGGGCUGAGCUACCGGAGAGCCUCUGAGCUGCAGCGGACGGUGAGCAGAGCCGUGGCCCCGCCCGUCACCACGGCCCUGGAGCUGUGGAGCAAACACUCCUGCUUCUCCACGUCGUUGCCCGCCCUGGACCGACUGCUGAGGGGCGGCCUGCCCCGCGGGGCCCUCACGGAGGUGGUGGGGCCCUCCGGCUGCGGGAAGACGCAGCUGUGCCUGAUGCUCAGCGUCCUGGCCACUCUGCCGAAGAGCCACGGCGGCCAGGACAGCGCCGUGAUCUACAUCGACACCGAGUCCGCGUUCUCCGCCGAGAGGCUGGUGGAGAUCGCGCAGAGCCGGUUCCCGGACCACUUCGGCUGCAAGGAGCGGGUCCUGCAGAUGGCCGGGCGGGUGCACCUCUACCGGGAGCUCACCUGUCGGCAUGUCCUCAACAGGCUGGAGAGACUGGAAGAGGACAUCAUCUCGACCGGAGCGGGGCUCGUCAUCCUGGACUCCGUGGCCUCCGUGGCGAGGAAGGAGUUCGACACGACGUUGCCCGGCAACCUGAUGCGCCGCAACGACAUGCUGGGCCACGAGGCCUCCACCCUCAAGUACCUGGCCCACCAGUUCGACAUCCCCGUGGUCCUCACCAACCAGGUGACGACGCACGUGACGGGUCAAGGGUCGGCGGGGGAUUCCGCGCUCGUGACCGCGGCUCUGGGGACCGCGUGGAGUCACAGUGUCAACACGCGGCUCAUCGUGCAGUACGCGGACGCGCGCCAGAGACAGAUGCUGAUCGCCAAGUCGCCCGUGGCUCCGCGCGCGCUGCUGAACUACACCGUUGAGAAGCAGGGCAUCUGUAUGGAUGGAGAGGAGAGUCUGGAGGUCCUGUGCGAGGACACGGAUCCAGGCCUCCAACCAAUCAGGGUGCAGAUGGAGUUCUGACGAAACCUGUGGACUGGACUGAAUCAAUGCAGAUGUGCGCGUGUGCGUGUGUGUGCGUGUGACAUGGUUAUUUUAUUAAAGUCAAUACAGAAUUCCA